AUGGCAACGCAGACGCUUCACGGAUCAUGUGCCUGCGGCCGCAAUCGCUAUGUCGUCGAGAUGCCUGCGGGCCACAUGCAGCGGGCUGAACUGCUCUACGACAACACGUCUGCCUCACGACUAUUGUCGUCCAGCCCGGCAACCAUCUUCCUCCGCGUGCCGCUGGACUGGUACACGUCCGCUACCUUUGCGCAGUACCCUGACGAGACACGCCUGAGCAUCCAACGCAGCUUUGUAUCGCCCUUUGCACCACACACUCGUCGCAAGUUCUGCGGCUACUGCGGCACACAACUCUCGUCCUGGACAGAGCGCACACGGGACGACGCCGAGCAUAUCGCAUUGACUGUGGGUAGCCUGCUGGACGAGGACCAGGCGUUGCUGGGCGACCUUGGCCUCUUGCCAGGGAGCGACAGUAGCGACGAUGAAGCCACCCUAGUAGGGUCCUCGCGCUCAAGCACGACGCGGUCUACUGCACGCCAGGUAAAUUCACCGCGCAGGGCAGGCGCGCCAUGGUUCGAAGAGAUUGUGCGAAACACCCGGCUGGGGCGCUUCAAGCAGCAACGGGGCGCGCAUACAGACAACGGCGUCCGCGUCGUGUGGGAGGUUGUCGAGUGGACCGAGGGCGAUGAUGGCGAUGGCGAUGACGAGAGCCGUACCACACUCAGCAAACGCAAGAUUGGCGAUGUUGACGUUGCUGAUGACAGCACCAUGGCUGGCUGA